UCUAACCGUGCUGCGGUGAUGGGCUCAGAGAGAUAUCUAUUCGCUCUGCGAGGAGUCACCUGCUCUCUUUAUCCUCGACCACGACAUCGACCAUGGCACUUGCAGACAAUGUCGUCCGCCUCGUGCCCCUCUCGUCAGAGGUGGAGAUGGCGCAGGAGAGCCGAUUCACUCUUGCGUGGAGUGAGCUCGUGUACCGCUCCACGGAGAUCGUGUUAUCGAAUACCACCGCACCCUACGACUUCCUCGACCACCCGUCGUGCAUCUAUCUUGCCUUCAUCGAAAAGCUGAUACCAGCCAACGAGAAAAAAGACUUGCCGCCGUCUCUUCAGACCAUCGGCGUCAUCUAUCUCACCACCUCAGAACUCCCGAGCACCGUUAACGUCGGAAUUGCGCUGUGCGCCGAAGCACGCGGGGAGGGGUCCGCCUCCCGCUCCGUGCGCCUGCUCGUCAACUGGGCGCUCACUGAGCUGGGCUGCCACCGCGUGCAAGCCCGCGUCGUGCGCUGCGGCGACAUGGGAACGGAGGACUCGCUGCGGAUGCUUGCUGCGCAGGGCUUCGUCAUCGAGGGCACACAGCGCCGCGCCCUGUUCUGCCCCCCACCGACAAAUGCUACAGGCCCAGUCGACCCGCAAGCGACGAACGGCGAAUGGCGCGACAUCGUGACGUGCACCGUGCUGGACACGGACUGGGCGCUGAGCCAGCCCGACUCGUUUUCCGUCAAGUCGCUCUGGGGCGACAUGUUUGCGCGGCACCAGCGCGAAUCCGAGGACCUCGUGGCCCUUGAGGAGCGUGCCGAGCAGCGGCGGCUGCAAAAGCGAAGGCUGAAGGCUCUGGAACAGAUGGCUUUGGAAGCUGCCAAUGCGGAAUACAACACGAAGGUCGAGACAGCUAAAAAGGUCAAGACAGCUAAAAAGGGCAAGAAAUCUGCUCGAACACCAUAUCCUUCCCAGCCGUCGUCCAGCGGGCAGGCCACCUGGUCGGCCCAGGAGUGGGGCCAGGAUCCGAACAGAAGACAGUUCUCGCAGGCUCGCGCUCUCGCGUCGAUCCACCAGUUGGGCACCAUGCUACAUGACUGCCCACCCGAUGUUCAAGCGCUACUUCCUCCUACAGGGCCCCAGCUGAACGCUCCCGCCUUGUGUCCAGAUAACUACACGGCAGCUGGUCAGCCGAUGGACGGGACGCUCCAGAUAGGGCCAUGGGCAGUGCUGGCAUCCGGCGGCCCGCCCUGUUCGUCAGAGGGCGCUGCGAUGGACAUCCCAACGCGUGCCGAGGCCCGGGACGCGCCUGUCGAACAGCAGACUGACGACGAGGACGACGCAUCGAGCGCCGUCUCCCUCUCUUCCGCCUCCCCGAGCGACUCUGUGAUACAUAUCAACGACGAUGCGAGCACCGUCUCUGAUCUGUCGUAUACCUCCCUUUCCCACAACGAGGACGACUUCAUGUCCGACGGCGAGCUCGUCUCGGACACGGCCAACACGCCGCCGCGCUCGCCGUCCGUCGCGAGCCAUGUAAGCGGCGCGUCCUCGCUCGAGAGCUGGGACGUCCUCUCGGAGGCGAGUCGUGCGAGCACCCCGCCCGUGCCGGCCGAGCUUCCGCACACUGUCCCCCAGUAAUCUGGGCGUACCUGCACCUAUUUGCGGACAGCUGACCCUGUAUGCGUAUGCCCUCUCUAUUCUUGCGCAGUCCGAAAAUGUACCACUGUACUUCCCUCAAAAAAGGCUUGCUCUUUUCUUUUUCUUUUCCCCCUCACUGUUGUACUAUCCCCCAUGCAUGAUCAACCGAACAAACACGCGGCCUCACAUCGCUUCACUACAUGCCCCCGCACUGCUUCUCUUACUGCCUUACAUAUCUCCUUUAUUCUCAUCUCCUCAACCUUGUCUUCAGGGUCAUUCGGUGUUGUACCAAUAAGGGACAUAUUCUCGGAAAACAAUUACAUCUCGGGUCUUAU